CCAGUUGUGAGGAUUGCCUAAAUAUCAGUUGCUUGGUUCUCAUAAGGAUCAAGCUUUAGUAUCCAACAAUGGCCACUCAUGCUUCCCCUUCCUCUCUCCUUUUCUCUUCUCCGAUCACCUCCAGCCUCCGUCGACCAUCAGUCUCUCUUCCUCUGUUUCAUCUCCCCUGUAAUUCCUUCAGUCAAUCAUCUCUCUCAUUCUCCCUUUCCAUCUCACCCUCUUUCUCUACCUGCAACACUGCUCCAUCCAGGCGCCUAUCUCUCUCAUCCUUCACUGUCAAGGCCAGCAGCACAUCGGAGAAGAAGAAGAUUCUGAUAAUCAACACCAACAGUGGAGGCCAUGCCGUAAUUGGGUUCUAUUUUGCUAAAGAUCUUCUUACUUCAGGCCAUGAUGUUACAAUUCUAACCGUUGGUGAAGAAGGGUCUGACAAGAUGAAGAAGACACCAUUCAAUAGAUUCAGUGAGAUUGUGAGCGCCGGUGGUCGGACUGUAUGGGGGAACCCUUCUGAUGUCGGAAACAUUGUGCAAGGUGAAACAUUUGAUGUUGUAUUGGAUAACAAUGGCAAGGACUUGGAUUCUGUCAGGCCAGUGGUGGAUUGGGCAAAAGCAUCUGGAGUUCAACAUUUCUUCUUCAUAAGCAGUGCUGGAAUCUACAAACCAACUGAGGAGCCUCCCCAUAUAGAAGGGGACGAUGUUAAGGCGAGUGCGGGUCAUGUCGGUGUGGAGAAAUACAUUUCCGAGGUUUUCACCAGUUGGGCAAGCUUCCGUCCUCAAUACAUGAUCGGUUCGGGCAACAACAAAGAUUGCGAGGAAUGGUUCUUCGAUCGAAUUGUUAGAGGAAGACCAGUUCCAAUCCCGGGAUCUGGAUUACAAUUAACAAACAUUUCACACGUUCGAGAUUUAUCGUCAAUGCUUACUCUGGCAGUUGAGAACCCAUCAGCUGCAAAUGGUAACAUUUUUAACUGUGUAAGCGAUCGGGCAGUGACACUCGAUGGAAUGGCCAAACUAUGUGCUAAAGCAGCAGGUCUCCCGGUUGAGAUUGUACAUUACGAUCCCAAAGCUAUUGGAGUCGACGCCAAAAAGGCUUUUCCUUUCAGGGACAUGCAUUUCUACGCAGAACCGAGAGCUGCGAACGAUAUUCUUGGCUGGAAAGCUACAACAUACCUUCCCGAGGAUUUGAAGGAACGAUAUGAAGAGUACUUGAAGAUUGGAAGGGAUAAGAAGGCUAUUAAGUUUGAGCUUGAUGACAAGAUAUUGGAGUCACUGAAAGUACCAGUUUCUGCUUAAUUUGUAACUUGAAUAAUAACAUUUUCAUCAUUUUCGCUUUUGCGAUGAGGUUUUAUAAAGAGCAUGUCUUCAUUGA